AUGGAGGAGGACAACCUGCUGGAUUUGAUGAACCGCUUGCGGUUCAUCACGGGAAAGUCAGUGGAGGCUCCCAUGCCAGAGGCUACCGCCACCUGCAUUAGUGAGCAAUGUCGGUUGGUGAUUCAACAGGCGCUAUUUCGUCAUCCUGCUCUUGUCAUGCUACACAAGACAAGGGAUGAACUCAAGAAACAUGUUAUGGAUCAGUUGCAAGAUUCUCUGCAGACUGAAGCUGCCAUUUCAGAUGAUGUUGGUCGUCUGCUUGGGUGGAUCAAUGAGACGUCCGAGUCCCUGGAGUUGGAGCGGUUAUCAGCCGUUUAUAGUGACACCGAGGAGGUAUAUCAUCACAUGAAGCGCCACACACUGGAGGAGUUGGGCAUUGAGACGCUUCCCAAACAGUUACAAUGCGCCGCUGGCGACCUGUCUCCGUGGAACGUAUUGUUCGCCCUAGUCGUUGGUCCUCUCUUAACCUUUGAUGAAACACGAUACAAACGGGUGGAAAUGUACUUUCCAAACCCGACGCCAUCCAUGGUAACUGAUCUGAUGGAAAUUAACAAGAAUGUGUACAGUACUCCAUCAUGGGUGUCACUUUUGAGUAGUCUUGCGGGCUUUCCAAUUAAAGCAGUGAGACAUGUAUGGUUGGCCGCUCUUUUCUUUUUCCCAACAAGUGGACCUUUGGUAGUUGCCUAUUUGACGAGAGAAAUAGCAGAGGCUUCUAAACGACGUUUCCUGUGGGAAGAGAGGGAUGAGGAUGAUGCGAAGGAAACUUAUCGUUCCUAUUGUCGUGUCUUGAAUUGUUUCUUUCGCCAUCUUCCAUUGUGUUUUAAUGUUGAGUUGUUUCGUCUUUUUAUGGAUUUUUUGGAGCGUUUUAUCCGUCCAGAUGAUGCCACGUUGGAUGCCGUCUUUAAGACUGCGCUGCAGCGGUACAUUGGACACUGCCCGGCGAGCGCGGAGUUGUGGAAGAAAUAUAUCCGCUGGAAAGGCGAUAAAAUACGUGACGCUAAUGUGCGACGUGAGUGGGUCCGAAAGAUGUACAUUCGGGUACUUCGAACCCCACUAAAUGGCCUAAGCGAGAUCAAGGAGGACUACGAUUUCUUUUUAAAGGCUGAAUACAGAGGACGACCCCCAUCUGAGGGUCGACUAGAAGAGAGGUUUGUGCGCGCGCGAGGGGCGGCCGGAGAAUUGAACAGAUUCAUAGGGACAUACAGCAAUACACAUGGCGGAGAUGCUCUACCAAGGUUGUUGUAUCUUCCGCGCCCUGUCCGAUUGAUGGCGAAUUGUACCUCUCACGUUGUGGUGUCGGAGAAGGAGGAGAUUAUGCGGCGACUAGAGGUGGAGCUGUGGGCUCAAUGGACCGCUUUGAUUGACCGAGAGUCAGGGUCUUCUGCCUACAUGGGUAUUGAGUUGUUUCGUUACGAGCGUGUUCGUUUUUUUCUUGCGAUGCGGGCCAGCUUUUUCCCUCACCAGUCCUUUUCGUGGACCAGCCUUGUGGAUUACUGCCUUGGGCAACAACUACUUCUUUCAGAGGCUGAACGACAGGCAUUGGCGAGGGAGGCUCUGGAAAAGGCCUCUUUUUUGUUAAACAAGAAUUUUCUUCUGCAAGUCUCGUAUUGUGAUUACAUGCUACGGGAUCUUGCGGACCCUGAGUGUGCCCACCGAUCUAUCAAGGGGUUGCUCCUGCAACAACGCCGUUCUGUUGUGGAUUACAUUAAGAAAGAGACACUUGCCUCUCUUGAAACAGCGAUGAUAGCACUGGAGCGUGUUGCGUUGCUCGCCGUAAACUGGAUGCGAUGGGGCAGUUUAAAUAACGAGGUGACGAACACUCAGCAUGUUCGAUUGGUGGCACGCUUUACAAUGCAUCGCGUGGACUUUCUCUCAUUGAUUAUGGGUGUCAUUCGACGCGCCUCUAAAGAAGAGCGAAGUUUCUCUCCGCGUCGUUGUCUGCGGGCAUUUAACACGUUUUGUCGCUUUUGGGUAGAACUCGAGCUAAUUCGAAAUCAGGCUCAAACAGAGGCUCUUGCUAUACUUGAGCGAUGGAAGGACCAUUUGAACAUGUUUUGCAGCUCUGCCAAAGACAGAGAAUGGGGUCUAGUGGACUGUGGUAUUGACGAAUACUUUACCUCCAGCUGCGCGAACGUGUGCCGCAGUGACGCUUCAGCGGUGCAGCAGGUUUUAGGUUUUAUGGAGGAAGUAAGGCUUACUGCUACAAAGGCGUCUUCUUUUUCGCCGGCGGAUGUAGAGUCGCUGCUGGAGACUAUAAGAGGAAUUAGAGACAUGUUCUUUGUGGUUAAUGCUGAUGCUGGGAGCGUUCCGGCUUCCACACUGCCGCUUCGUCUAUUUAGUGCGCGAGUACGGGGUGCAACAAUUCCGCUACAGACGUAUGAUCAUCAUUUGUUUACGGCAGAAGGGGCGUGGCACGAGGAGGAUAAAUCCUACGUGUUGCCGUCGGGGGAAGUGCGUGAGGGGGAAGGCAAUGCAGCUACAAACCCAUUACUGGCGCCUUCUGUAGAAGCUAUGCCGGACGACGCACGUUGGGUUUCCUAUGCGCCAGCGCGAGCUUACACUGCCACAGAAAAUUCACGCAGCGCUCAGAAGGGGAACACUGACCAGGAAGUUAAACCGAGAAAAAACAAACGACCACCUAAUGGGCGGUCCUUGGUUGUUGAGAGUGUCUGCCUUAGGGAUUUACCCACCAUCUUCCACUCCCUCGGAAGCACUGCCGUGUCUGACGCACUACUGCUGCGGAAGGUUGAGCAAAUGCUGACAACACACAUGCCAUCGACACAUGAAACGGACGUUUUGUUUCAAGAAAUGACGGUUGACACGGAGUGGCUGUUUCAGUUUAUGGAACGCAUGCCUGCGAUGCAGUAA